CGCAUAGACACAAGUGAAAUUCGAAAGCGAGAGAGAGAGAAAGAGGAGACGAUGAAAGACUCGGACUCUGAAAUCUCCUCAAUGAAACCCAGCAACAAUAAUAAUGCUGCCAAGCUCACAAAGCCUCCCUUCGUACCAGCCAAAGACGACACCAAACCUGUGCUUCAAGACCCAAUACUGAGGUCUGAUCCGAUUGAGACAGAGGAAGCUGUGCUUCGGUUGCCUCCAUUUCCUAUUAACAGAUCAAAAAUUCCUCCAUCCAAAAUGAGUUGAGCUGUUGUUGUUACUCUACUCUUAUGGAGAAUGAAAUUGUACUUUCAUGGUGAAUGAAUGAUGAAUGUUGAAUGAUGUUAAGUUUUUUUCUUCUU